AUGGCGCCAGAAUUGGUCUAUGUUCCUCCCCCGGGCCUCGAAACCAAUUUUGAUAUUUUUCGCAAGAGAGUAAACUCCCAGUUGGGCCUCUCUCUGCAGAACUAUCAUGACCUCCAUGAUUUCUCAAUUGGAAGGCCAAAUGAUUUUUGGAUGGCAUUGUGGAGGUUCAUGGAAAUCAAAGCUUCAGUCCAUCCCACCCGCGCCAUCGAUGAAUCGCUCAGAAUUGAUCAAUUUCCAGCUUUCUUCGAGAAUGCGCGUCUCAAUUAUGCGGAAAAUCUACUUGCAAGGACGGAUGCAGGAGUGGCCAUCAAAUAUCUCAGUGAGAAAAACUUGGCCUCACUUCGCGAGGUUACCUGGAAUGAGCUCAAUGAAAAUGUUCGGAUUCUAUCAGAUGCGAUGAGAGCUUCAAACAUCUCAAGAGGAGAUGUUGUUUGCAUUAUCGGCGGCAGUUCACCUGAAUCUCUCGCAUUAUUCUUGGCUACCGCAACUGUUGGAGCAAUCGUCUCGGCAUUCGCCACGGAUGCCGGAGAAAGAGUGUUGCUUGAUAGAAUGGGUCAGGUGUGCCCCAAGAUUGUGUUUGCAGAGUCAUCCUACCAGUACAAUGGCAAACGACACAACAUUUCCGACAGAGUCACGAAAAUCUUCUCGCUGAUUGAGAAAGCAUCAGGUGCUGAGGUCAUCUGCAUCUCUGGAACUGUGCCACACAGCUGGGUGCCCAUAGAGGAAUUUCGACAGCGGGCAACGGGGCGACCGCUUAACUUUGAUCAGGUUCCUUUCAAUCACCCUCUUCUUAUCGCCUUCUCUUCAGGCACCACCGGCACUCCGAAAGGAAUAGUCCAUUCCCAUGGCGGCACGGUCGUAAAUGGAAAGAAAGAGAGCCUCCUCCACAAAAAUUUUGGUCCAGAUGACGUCCACUACCACUAUGCAGGUAUCGGGUGGGUGCUGUGGAAUAUCAUGAUAUCGGCCAUGUUCUGCGGCGCUACUGUCGUCCUCUAUGAUGGGUCUCCAUUCUAUCCCACUCCAGAGAAGCAACUGGCGGCGGUCCUGGGGGCUGGAGUGACAGCCUGGGGUGCCGGCCCUCGAUAUUUCUCUGAACUGCAAAAAACUGGAGUCAACCCCAAGGCGUACGUCAAAAAUCUCAAAUGUAUCCUGUCUGCCGGGGCCAUUCUCACCGAAUCUCAAUCAAAGUGGCUUAAGGAAGUGUUUGGGCCUGUCUGUCAAAUGUCAUUCUCCGGGGGUACUGAGCUUUGUGGCAAUUUCCUGGCAGGCCAUAUCGGCAUGCCGGGGUACGCAGGCGAAAUGACGGUCAAAGAACUUGGCACGGAUAUCGAUGUUUUCACACCAGACGGUCGGCCUGCUAAGCCUGGUGAGAGCGGAGAGUUAGUGUGCAAAAGGCCGUUCCCAAACAUGCCAGUCAAGUUUUGGAAUGACCCUGGCAAGAAGAGAUAUGCCGAUUCAUACUUUUCAACAUUCCCAGGCGUCUGGAGGCAUGGGGACUUCAUCAAGAUGAACCCACAAACCAAAGGAUGGGUGAUCCUCGGUCGCAGCGACGGCGUGUUGAAUCCGUCAGGUGUCCGUUUCGGUAGCGGAGAGAUAUAUUCCAUCAUGGAGCAGAAGUUUCACGACAAGGUGGCAGAUUCAAUCUGCGUGGGCCAGCAGAGAGCUUGGGACGAAAGUGAGCGUGUGUUCUUGUUCAUCAAGGGAGCAAAGGGAGCGAAUAUUGGCUCCUUGGAAAGGGAGAUUCGAGCUCAGAUAGCAAGGGAUCUCAGCCGCCGCCAUGUGCCUCAGUUCCUGUUUUGGGUGCAGGAGAUCCCUUACAAUGCCAACAACAAGAAGCUCGAGAUACCGUUGAAGAAGGUACUCUCUGAAGGAAGGGCAGCGAUGGCGAAGCUGACUUGCCCUGCUGAAGAAAAGUCUGUGCUGAUGCAAUAUCUGCCAUUUUACGAGGUUGAGAAAUUGAUGGGUACGGAGACUUCUUCGCUGAGUGCGAGAUUGUAA